AUGGAAACUGAAGACUUACAGGAUUAUGAUACAAUAUGUAGUAGAAUAACGGUAAAAGAAGAUGUAGACAAAAAUAUAUAUGAAAAAGUAAAUAAUACGCUCCAAGUGUUAUGGAAUGAUGUAGUUAAAGAACAACGAGAUAAGUUUCACAAUAAUAUAUGUAAGCCAGAUCAUACUACUAUUGGGAGAAUAGACUGGAGGAAAAGGAAAGAAUUGCACGAUUAUUAUGUUGAUUAUGGUUAUCUUUUUGAUAUGGCUAAAAUCAAUAAUGAUAAAUGCAAAGAAUAUUAUGGGAAAAUUAAAAAAAUUAUUGAAGAAUAUGAAUCCUUUGAGAAAAAAUGUUCAACUAGAACAGACGAAUGUCCAGAAUUCAUUUAUGAACUCCAAAAAAAAAUUAAACAGAAUAAGCCAGAAAAUUUACCGUGUCAUGAAGAAAUUAAUUCUAAUAGUGUUCCCAUUUUAGAGGGUAAUUCUUCGCUUCAAAUUAAAGGCCACACUGAAGUGCAUCAAAAACCUGAAGAUGAUAUUGAACUUGAUAUUAUAGAUAAUCUUACAUUCGAAUCUGAUAACCAGUUAGGUAGUGGAAGUUCCGGAAUUGGAACAAAAGUUACUCAUUCAAUUCUUGGGGGAGCUCCAGUUUUAUUAACUGCCACAAUGUUAUAUAGAGUAUGUAGAUAUUUUGUAAACUUAUAUUAUUAUAGUACGAACGUGUAA